CUUUACUUCUUUCUCUUCCAAAUAUUCUUUCUUUUUUGUGUUCUACAUAUUUGUCUUCUUCUUCUUCUUCAUAGCUCACUCCCAAUCAUUAGUUAGCUUCCACUGAUAGAUCGAGCUAAGAGAGAAAAACAUACUGCAGAACUAAAUUAAACAAGUGAUGGAUACAAACGAAUCAUGUGUUCCACCUGGAUUUCGAUUUCAUCCAACAGAUGAAGAGCUAGUUGGGUACUAUCUUAGAAAGAAAAUCGCAUCUCAAAAGAUUGAUCUUGAUGUUAUUAGAGACAUUGAUCUCUACAGAAUUGAACCAUGGGAUCUUCAAGAUAAAUGCCGGAUCGGAUAUGAAGAGCAGAACGAGUGGUAUUUCUUCAGCCACAAGGAUAAGAAGUAUCCAACGGGGACCAGAACUAAUAGGGCAACAAUGGCUGGGUUUUGGAAGGCAACGGGAAGAGACAAGGCUGUAUACAAUAAAUCAAAACUUAUAGGCAUGAGAAAAACACUUGUCUUCUAUAAGGGUAGGGCACCUAAUGGCCAGAAAUCUGAUUGGAUCAUGCAUGAAUAUCGUCUCGAAUCUGAAGAGAAUGGUCCUCCACAGGAAGAAGGAUGGGUGGUUUGUAGAGCAUUUAAGAAGAAAAUUACAGGGCAUACAAAGACCAAUAUGGUCGAAGGAUGGGAGUCAAAUUAUUUCUAUGAUGAAGCAACUACUGCAGUCAGCUCAGUAGUAGAUCCUCUUGAAUACAUCACAAGGCAACCACCUCCUCCUUCAAAUUUCAAUAUGUUACAAAAUAAUCUACUAUGCAAACAAGAGAUGGAAGCAGCAGAAAACAAUCCCAACUUUGCUUAUACAAAUUCAGAUCAAUUCAAACAGCUUCCACAGCUAGAAAGUCCCUCUCUACCACUCCUAAAAAGGCCAAUCAGCUCCAUGUCACUCGUCUCCGAUAAUAACAAUAACAAUAAUAAUAAUUACGAAGAUGAUGGGAGCAAAAAUGUAACGGCUGAUUGGAGGGCACUUGACAAAUUUGUAGCGUCUCAAUUGAGUCAUGAUAAUCAUCAUGAAGAGACAAGUGCAUUAUAUGAAGAUCAUGACAAUUAUUCGGAUAUGGGAAUGUUGCUAUUGCUGAGUGAUAGAGGAGAAGGGCCUAAGCUGAGUGAGAUCUUGAGUUCGAGCUCUGAGGAUUGUGAUAUUGGCGUUUGCUCGCUUAUUUGACAAAUGAAGAAGAAAACGCGGAGAAAAGCAAUAUUACACAUAUAUAUAAUAUAUAUCAUGUAAGUAAAAGCUAUUAUUUGUGAAAUUAUUAAUGAGUGAAGAGAGUCAUCCAUUGCAGUGGAGUUGAUUAUAUAUAGAAUUGCAAGGAUGUUCAAGGAUGAAGGGAAUUGAUUUUAUGAAGAAACUAUCAGCUAGGAAGAACUAGUACAACUAAUAAAAAAACUAUAUACGUGCAUGUGAUAUUAAUGGAUUUCGUAUUUAACCA